AUGGAGUCCUGGAAGUCGAAGUCAUUAGAGCACAUCAAUAUACAGUUCCGAAGCAUAAUGGAGGGAAUGGGGAUAGACGAGGAGAAGCAGCACAAGCUAGCGGCAAAGCUGAAUCUAUCGAAGAAGAUCAGGACCAUCACGUCGAUGCAGACACUGGAGGAAAGGAAAAAGAAGAUCAAGGAGUAUGUGGUAAAGCUGAAGGACAGGAACAGUGUGCUCAAUCUCCUGAGCCUAUCGGUUUCUCUCGAGACAGGGCCCAGGGUCCUAUAUGAGAUUUUCAGUGGAGAAGGAGGGCACGAUGUGCUUGUGAGAUGCAUGAGAAGGAUGGAUGAGGAGUUUGGAGAUGUUAUCUGCGACACCUUGUAUAUCAUCCUAUCGAAGUACGGGAACCACUUCCCGCCGUUUCUUAGGCUCCUACUUGACGGGUUUCUUAGUGGGAAAGUGCAUGAAACGAGAUCCUUCUUUAAAAUCCUUGAAUUUCUGGUGAACGAAAACAAGGCGGAUGAGCUGUUUUUCAGCACAGACUUUAACAGGUGUGUUUGCAACAGCUAUCUGUCGAAGAUUGUUGAAUACACCAAGAGGAUUCCAAGAAUCGAAGACGAGCUGAAUUUUUUGGUGCCACUUCUCAAAUCUCCAAGGUCUGUGCAUGUUAAGUAUAUCCUGUUUGUAUCUGAUUUUUCCUCGCUGGAAGACAGGGUCGUCAAUAAAGAUGUUUUCGAGAGUAUAGUGAAAGAGAUUAAACCUGACAUUCGUCGGGAUUGGAAGAGGGGUCGAAUUGAUGAGGUGCUGAGAUUAGCUGAGGCUGAGGGGGUUCUCGAUGUUGCAUGCUGUAUCUUCGAGGCGUUUGCAUUUGGGGACAGCAAGGUGUUUGGGGAGUUGAGAGAGGAUGUAGAGAAGAUGAAGAUUUCCGAAGUCCAGGGGGAGGGUACGGAGGCGUGUGCAGCAGAAGUUGAAAAGAAGAGGGAAGCGGUUAAGAAGGUGGAGUUGAGUAAGGCUAAGGGUCCAAAGAAGAUAAUCAAGAAGGUUGCAAAAAGUACCGCCCCGUCGAAAAGAUACACCCAGGUGAAAUGGACGAAGAUGGGGAAAGGAAACAGCGUGUGGAGCAGGAUAAAGACGGAAGAGAUGGAGAGCAUUUUUAGAACCGAGGAGUUUGAUGGAUUUGAGGUGAAGGGAGAAAAGCCAAAGGCACUGAGCAUGGGGAUGGAAAAGAAAAAGCCGAGUGUGUUUUCCGAAAAGAAGAACUAUGCGAUUAACAUUGCAUUGGGAAGGGUAAAGGAAAGCAACUGCGAGUUGAAGUCUGCAAUAUUAAACAUGCAUGAGGAUCUCAAUGAAAACCUUGUGAAGCAGCUUCUUUUCUACUUUCCGACGGAUGAGGAAAUAGAACAAUUGCAAAGCACGGACCAUGUGUUUGGAAGGGGAGAAGAGUUCUUCAAGGAGAGCAUUGAAGAGGUUGAGAUGAUGAAAAGGUGCCUCUAUUAUCUCUACUUCAUAAUAUCGUUCAGGAACCAGAAUGUCUGUAAGAAUCUUGGGAUUCUCGAGAGAUACUAUGCCAUGCUUCUGGAAAGCAAAGAGUUGAGGAGAUUUCUGGGGAUUGCUUUGGCGGCAGGAAAUUAUCUCAACAGGGGCAGCUUCCUAGGGAAUGCAGAGGGAUUUACAAUGGAGUCUAUUCCGAAGAUACUGGAAGUAAAGAACAAUGGAAAUAGUUUGCUGGGGCUUUUGAAGAAGAAGAUUGAUUGCAAGCUACUGCUUGAGGAUCUAAGUGUAGUGUAUGAUGCCAGUGGAAUAAACUUUGAGGCACUGUGCAUUGAGAUUGAAGAGCUCAAGAAGAACUAUAUCAAUGCGAGCGGAUCUUCUUUUCCCAAAAUACAGGAGAGGAUGGAAGAAAUCCAAGAAAGGUAUGAGGAGAUCUGCUCAUUGUAUGAUAGGGUCAGCAAGCUCCAUCGAGAUUGCAAGGAAUACUUUGGAGAAAAAGUUGACGACGACUUCAAUAGCUGGAUGAUACUUCUUUUAGACAGGCUGUCGCAUGAGGUACAAAAGAAAUAA